GUGACACCGUAAUUUCAAAUCAUGUCUGGACGUGGUAAAGGAGGCAAAGCUAAGGGAAAGGCCAAGAGCCGAUCAAGCCGUGCUGGACUUCAGUUCCCAGUCGGUCGUGUUCACCGUUUCUUGCGAAAGGGUAACUAUGCAUCGCGUGUCGGCGCUGGUGCUCCCGUCUACAUGGCUGCCGUACUCGAGUACUUGACUGCUGAAAUCUUGGAGUUGGCUGGAAACGCUGCCCGUGAUAACAAGAAGAGCAGAAUCAUCCCCCGUCAUCUUCAACUUGCCAUCCGUAACGAUGAAGAGUUGAACCGUCUUCUCGGAAGUGUGACCAUCGCACAGGGAGGUGUUCUUCCAAACAUCCAGGCCGUUCUCCUGCCAAAGAAGACCCAGGCCAAGACCAAGUAGACGAAACAUUCACACUCAAACAAAACGGCUCUUUUCAGAGCCACCAAAAAACAAAAGAGAUUUGAAAACUUUUACUGCUUGUUAUAAUACUGGUUUGUCUGUGUUUAUGAUUUUUAACAAAAGUAAUUUGAAAACUGUAUGCUCUAGUUAGGCUAGGCCUUUCUAUCUGGAUACAGUCUCAGAUC